AUGGAAGGUGAUUUGCUGGCCUUGCCACAUAACGCCAGCUGCCAGGUGGCCAACCCCGAGGCAUGCUGGAAGACCAGUCUUCGAAGGCAAUUUCUGACGCAGACACAAGGCACCUCGCCCUCCUUCACGCGUGCGGCUGCUGUUGUGAAUCCUGGCGGAACCAGGUCCUGGACAGGGAACUCUACCAAGGGCUUGACUCGGGAAACGACCUACAUCGAGCCUUUUGGAGACUUGUCCACCAUCAAGCUGCUGGGAUGGUCCCGGAUGGAGAAGGACAUGGGCAUCAUGCGGGAUGUUGCAGGCAUCUCCUCCGCCGUGGUGCAGGGCUUGAACCCCAAUAAGCAGUACAAGUGGUCUAUCAAGCAGACCCCCAACACCAAUGAAGUGAACAACAAGCUUACAGUGAACCACGGCAGUCAGAUGACCUUGACCCAGAGUGACCGGCGUCGCAGGCGGCGGCGGCGUUACCUUAGUCCUUCCUCCUGGAGCCAGGAGGGCACUGUGGCGUCGACGCCGCGUGGUGAGAUUAUUAUGGAGUUUGAGGCCAUCGACUACCCGCUGAACUCUUUCGUAGAGAAAAGCGGCGCAUCAAGAAGAAGAGAUGGCGUCGCCUCGUCAAGCUGCCGAAGGAGGUACACGAUCACGCAUUGCUCGUGCAUCGCCGAUAGUGGGGUCUGCACGGGCUCCAAGGUGUCUGGCUCCACGUGCUAUGCGUACGGCACCACGGAUGUCCACGGCACCACAGGCAAGUCAGCCUCGGUGCGGUCCCAGUCACAGUGCAUGUCCAUGACCUUCAUGAAGUCCUACCAGGUGAUCACUAGCGGUGGUCCCAGCUUCAGUUUCCUGGAGAGUGGAGUGAACGGAACAGUCGCAGAGGCAGAUGUGGCAGAUGAGGAUGACAGGGAGGUGAGUUUGGAUGCUGUGGGCACGGCCCGGGAGGAGGAUGAACAUGACGACAUCGAAGACGAAGUGGACGUGGCGGACGAAGACCACGAGGGCCUGGAUGAUGAGCACCUGGGCGAGCUUGACGAGCACAGCGAAGCCGAGAGCUCUGAUGCAGACAUGGCCGAAGAAGACGAGGUAGAUCAGGCGCCGCAGACGCCGCAGAAGACGCACCCGUCGUCGCCGCACCCGUCGCAGACGCUCCCGCCGCAGACGCUCCAGGCGCAGACGCACUCUGCCCAGCUCAGUGUCCGCCUCCUGCCCCUCAGGUCCUGCACGUGUUAUCCCGACAGUUUCACAGAGAAGGACCACACCUGGACAAUCACGCACCACUGCAAGGAGGUUUGGCUCAGUGGGGAGAAGUGCUACGCCAAGGGUGGUUAUGCCCAGGCAAUUUGUGCUGAGAUCCCGGAGCCAGCAGCGCGAAGUUGGGGCACAGUCACGAAGAGCGGCAGCUAUGCGUCCAAUCAAGACUCGGGGCCUACCGCCCAGUGCUCCAGUGACAAGGUCAUGACGGGCUGCUGGUGCAAGAGCACUAGCGGCGCUGGGGAUGGCUGUGCCCGAGUUUGGGUCGACAGCGCCAUUGACUGCCGAGUGACUGCUGAGCUGCUGGUGUCUCCCAGGCUUAUGGGCGGCCUUGGCGUGCAACAUUGCGCGCGACCAAGCUACCGGAUCCCAGCGUCCCACGCCUGGGAGGGCGGCUCGGCUGGCAAGCGCCCACUUCCUGCGAGUUUCGUUCAUGGCAGCCAGUUGACUGCAAGCUGCUGGACGGAGCGCUUCCAGUCUUUCCGCGCCGCCCUGAAAGAGUCUCAUGAGACUCUGCACUGCGUGAACGGUGAUUGGUACAACACCUUGCAGGGGCCCGAGCUGACAAGCUUCUCAUGUGCACCUUGCGUCAAUGUUGCGGGGACUGGCUACUCCCAGUAUGCCAAGCGCAACGAACAGGCAGGCAACACCGCGCAAGCAGAGGAGCUUUACUUCUUCAGCCGGUUGGCCAUGCGUGUCUACACCGAGCUGGGUUCCGUUGUGGAGACGGCUGCGGCAGCCCACAAGUUCUGCCUGAAGAAGAAACCUGGUUCUUCGCAUGAGAUGAUGUUGGAGAACAGCCAGGAGUGCCCCGAGAUUUUGGCCAUCCAAGCCGCUGGAUCUUCGGAGAUCCAGGAGCGUAUGAUGAUGCUUUUGGACCAAGGACGCCGGUGUCUUAUCACGGCGUUCAUUGCUGUGUUCGUACGCGAGGCAACCUCGGCGAAAAUGUCGCAGCUCAGAGGCGCGUGCCUGGCCUCUGAGCGGUAUCCUGAGUCACGAAAGCUUGGCCGGCAAAACUGCCGCCUGGUGAUGGACAGUCGAGGCAUGAAAGUGCUGAUCGCAAUACCGGGGAAGAUUUGCACAAGGCCUUCUCAUCCUACUGUGGUGCUCACGGUGCGCUGGUCAGCUUAUCUUAUGGGCAAAUCUUUGGUGGCGACGUUCGGGGCUUUCGUUGACAGCACCAUCACCUAUGACAAGACCAGCAGUGAUUGGCCAGACUGGAACACGAUCUUGGCAGACUCGCCCAUUCUUUGUGCAGACGGAGAGGCUUUGACAGGUUUCAAGCACCAGCCGGCCGGCAACAAGUUCAGUUAUGAAUGUAGCCGCAUUGGCGGGCUGGGUGCGACGUACGAGUAUUUCAGUGCGCAGGUGGAGGUCAAGGUUUGGGACGCAAAGAAGAUGAUCACCGUGGACUGUGGCGCCAACGGUCUUCUGAGCGGUUUCCACUUCGAGUUCUCCGAAGGCGGCCGCUGGGCACGCUCCAGGUACACCUGCUCCAAGGCGGGCGGGGCUCCAGUCGUCAUGGAGCCGUCCACCAAGAUCGCACCCGAAGGUGUCUUCUGCCCUGUCUUACUUGACCAAAGAACCGGUCGCUUCGAGUACGAGAACUCUAUUACGGGCGACACCCUGGUCUUCCAGAGCAGUGGCGCUUGGUGCGUAGGUUCUGCGUGCUCCGUGCCCCUGGGCGGAGCUGAUCCCAUCGGCGUUUCCAUGCCCGGCUUCGAGGUGCUGAACGUCACAGACUUUGCCGGGGAAUUCGAAGCCAAGGGAAUCCCCAAGACGAUGGAAGGCGAGGGCGCUGGCAACUUGGCCAAGCAGCUCAAGAAGCUGAAGCCGCCGAAGCGGCCAGCGCAGCCGCCAAAGCCCAAGCUGCAGGACUUCAAGGCCAAGCAGCCCGAGUACUCUGCGGAAUGUUUGGACUACCAGGACUUGUGGAAGAAGGUUGUGGAGACGCACAUAAACGAGGCAAAGGAACCUGUGACGGAGGAGGCUAAGCUGGAGGCUGAUCCUGGCACGGAAGGCGAAGAGCUCUUGGACUACCACCCUUGCGCGGUGGCUGCGGGCGCAGGCGGCAUUUUUGGCAGGAUGGCUGGGCAGAGCAAUAAGAUGGCUCCAGAGAACAUGUUGUACUCGGAUUGGAACGACUGCAUGCAGGGUGACAUCAAUAGAGACCUGCUGUCAGCACAGCUUGGAUUUGCGGAAACAGCAUAUGACUUGGUGGGGAAUGCAAUUCAGGAGGGGAUCAAGCUGGUGUGCGCAAUGCCUCCUGAUGUUGAGAUCGCCCCACUGGGUGCUGGAGCAGAGGUCGAGCCCGACAGCAUUUGCGAUCAGGUCACGGAUUUUGUCCGAACCAUGGUGGACUUGCCUGUUGGCUUCGGCUUCGCAGGAACUGCCUACGCGCUGGAGGAGGAAGGCUUCAAUGCUUGCAACCCGCUGCAGGUCGGCUUCUCGCGAGUGUUUUGCGACAUCCACUGCGUGCGAGACGCCGUGAUCCGGGGCGACCGCACCAUCAUCCGCAAUCUUGAGGAGGCCACGAAGAUCUCAAACGACAACAUGAAGAAGAUGGUGGAGUGGUCCACAGAGGCCAACCGAGUUGAGACCGAGUACCUGGACAAAAAGAUCGACCACUCCUUGAAGGUGAACACGAUCUAUUUGGAGCACAUUGCCCAGAAUACUCAGCCGGCUGAGCAGUUGGUGCUGAAGAAUGCCGCAACCGCCACUCAGGCCAUGCUGAAGGAGAUGCGCGGCUAUGCUGAGGCCGCCUCCUUCAACGCGGCUGGUCGACAUGCUGCGCGCAGUGCGCUGAGCAACUUCCUGAAGACCGCGCAGAUGCUGAAUGCGAAUGCCUCACUGAGCCAGGUGCAGGACUUCCAGAAUCAAGUGCAGUCUCUGCACGGCGCUUUGCAGAUGACGGGUGGCGGCUUGUCGCACGCCCAGGUGGUGGGGCGGCAAAUCAACCACGAGGUGCGGCAGCUGCAGCAGCGCUUCACUCGGCAGGAGCGGUCCUUGGGCGUGUACCGCAGGCACAGCACGGAGGUGCACCAAACGGCCAAGGGUUGGAAGCGCGGCACCAGCGAGGCGUUGCUGGCUUUGGAUCACAUUUGGUGGCGCCUGCGCAACCGACUGGACGCCUACCUGGACGUGGCGGAGUCGGAGGUGCAGCACUUCCAGGCAUCCUUCCAGUCCCUGGGCAGCUAUCAGGACUGCAAGGCGGGCUUCGAGGACCUGCUACACAGCUACGGCGCCAGUGUGGCCAAGAUGCACAAGAGCCACCGACUGCUGAAGUCCACGUGGCGUGAGGUGGCCAACCUCCUGGGCGAGUUGGCCGCUGUGAUCCGUGACGGUGGCGUGUUCCACACCUUCGCCGCUGCAGAGGGCAGCAAGUCCCCGCUGGCCAAGCAGACGCUACAUCAGGCGCGCUUUGCGGUGCAGGGCGCCAUUUUCUUGCUGCACCGCUUCCAGGCUGCCAGCAUGCCGCCUCCUGACAUCUCAGUCUUGAAGGACUUCUCGGCACAGGUCCGGCGCUCCUACGAUGAAGCCAACGCCAAGCCCGAGAGCCAGUGCUUCGGAGGAGCCGCCGUCGUAGACUUGCUGUUCUUGGGCGGCAGCCACGCGGAGCCAAAGUGUGAUGAGCCAGCCGAAGCCAGCAGCCCAGCAUUGCUCCAGUCCAGGCGCUUUGCAGGGUCAGGGCGGAUCCAGUUCUCCGAUGGGUUGACUGGGUCAUACGAUUCUGCGCCAAGCUUCGCAUGGCUGCAGAACCAGUCCAAGACUCUGGCGCCUCGAUGCCAGCGCCGAAAGCAGCCUCCCACGCCGCUGGCCGCCGCGGAGAAGAUCCAACACAUCCGGAACGAGAUGCUGGUGGCCAGGAAUCUCGCAAGCUCGUGCAAUGGCAUUCCUUUGGUGGCGUACCAUGUGAACACCUCGGAGACCACAUGCUGCCCCACGGAGUCCUGGGAGUGCGCUGGCUGUGCCAAGUACUCUGGCAAGUGUGAGAAGUGCCGCGGGGGCUUCGUAACUGUGGCCAAUCGCUGCGUCUCCUGCCUCAGCACGGUCGGCUGGACCAACGAGCUGAACCAAACCUGCGACGCCCUCACGGUAGCCGACUGUAACGACCGGCCGGUGAACGGGCAGAGCAACAAGCAAGCCUGCUGCCUUUGCGGCGGUGGAGUGAAGAGCCCCACACCCUUUCAGUACCCGGACGCACGCUUCGUCGUGGGUGCGGAUGUAGUGCUGAAACCACUGCCCCGCACUGCCGCGAGGUAUUCCGUGAACUCGGACUGCGCCUUGGCAGCGCACAACCUCACCUUGGAUGGCGAGACUGGGGCCAUUUCCUACGCUGCCAACAAGUUGAAGCCUGCAAAAGCCUUCUCAGUGCAGUGCGAGGUUACUGCGCACCAGGACGUGGGCUUGGAGGAAACCGUCAAGGUCUCGGUCAUCGUGGACAGUAUGACCUACGGCUCGGGGGCCUUAAUCUUCGACACGGUCACCAAGUACUCAGUGGCCACUGAAACCUCUGAGUGGAAGGACUUCAGUAUGAUUUGUGCUCCGGAUGCCCCGUGGCUCUCCAUUUCCGCGGCUGGUGAAGUGUCCUUGUCUGCGACGAGCAUCGCUGGUGCCGUCACAGACACAGAAGAGGGUGAGAAUGAGUAUAAGGGUAUGGAUGGAGCUGUUUGCGUUGUGUCGGCCUUGCAGAAGUCGAACGAUAAGAGUACGGAUGAGGAGUUUGUGAAGCGCAGCACCACCUUCGCGGCCAUCAGGCCGCGGCCUUGGCCGGCCAUCACGUACGAGGCCAGCUACGUGGAGGUGGUGGUGGGUGAGGAGCUUCCCCCGAUGAAGCUCCAGGUGCCAAGCGGCUUUGAGGAGGGCAUGGGCGGCCUCAAGCCGAGCUCUUUCCACAUGUCUUGCGUUGUGGAUGGCAAUUGGAACAGCCCACGCCCUUCGCCCACCUGGUCCUUUGACACUGUGUGGGGUGUCGGCUUAUUGGGGGAGCACUCCAUCUUGGAGAUCCAGGCGGACGGCACUAUCUCACUCGCGCCAGCCGCCACAAUGGCUAAGCUCUUCGACGAGAUCCUGGCAAACAGCCAACAGCGGAAGUCUGUUCAGAUGAGCUGCGGUGUGUGGGGUUCCUUCCCCGGCACAGAUUUCCAACCAGUCAAAACACCCCUGGUGAUCCGCAUCAAGGAUAGCAUGUGCUGGAUCUCAGAGACAAUCCAGGGCCAAGUGGUUCAUGAGGUCACCAUCCUUGACGAAGCCACCUGCCGCAACAACUGCCGUAUGUCAAAGCGCUGCUCCCAUUUCACCUUUGCUCACGACAAAUGCAAGCACUGGCGCAUUCAGAAUGAGGGAGGAUCGCCGGUGACUGCUUUCGCAAAAGUCACAGACUGCAGCGAUUUGAACACAUGCUUGCGCCUGAAACAUCCUGAGUGGGUUGUGGCGGGCGACUAUUGCCCCGUCACCUAUGACUUUCAACGAGGAGGCCCCGUGUACCGCAAGGACAGCGCCGUCAAGCAAGAAGUCAUGUUCCUGAGCACCGUGCUUCCGGGCUCAACUUCAUCUUGCGCAGUGGGCAAGUGGCUCGUGCAGAGUGCCAGCGGGGAUGACUUCAUCGACUCAGACAAGGGCUACUUCGAGCUUAAGGGCAACGAGCGUGCUUGCCUGGAAGCCGGCUUGCCGAGCAGCGGCACGGGUAUGAGCUUGAACUUGGCCACGCUUGCCUGUGGCAAGCCUCUCUUCCCUGAAGCGGAGGAGGAGACGCUGCAGCCGCUUGUCUUCGACGACCCGACCACCACGCAGACUGAGGAAGAUUUCUGGCUUCACCCUUGUGACUGUCUUCCUUUGGAAUGGGGCAGCGGUUGGCCUGCAGAUGCGAUGGCCUUGGAGAACAUCCCGCCCACCAGCAAUGGCAGCUUUAUUCCACCACCCUUCUUGAUCGUCUCUGGGCAGUUUGCAUGCCCCUCCCGGCAGCUGAUGAAGGGCCCGGCCGGCAUCCACUUCGAGUCGGAGGCCGAGAGCAUGGAGCCCUCAGACUGCCAGGACGCGAUGCAAGGACUACGCUGGAUGCCAGUUCUAUUGGAGCGGUACAUCCCACGGGGCCCAGACGUGCCGCCUCUACACUGGCUGUGA